GAGUCGGCGGACAUGGCGGAGGCUGAGCGAUCUCCUCCGCCGGUGAAGCGGUUAUGUUCCCGGCUCCCCCCUCCUCCUCGGGGCCCCCCAGCCCGGGGCCCUCAGCACUUCCACCAGCCCGAGACUCUGCUGGACUGCUCGGCCAAGGCGGUGGCGGAGAAAUGGGCCUUCGAGCGGGUGGAGGAACGCUUCGAGCGGAUCCCGGAGCCCGUCCAGCGCCGCAUCGUCUAUUGGUCGUUCCCCCGGAACGAGAGAGAGAUCUGUAUGUAUUCCUCCUUCCAGACCCCGGAACCCGCCUCCAUCCCGGGGCCCGGGGCCCCUACCGCCACCGACAACCUUCCCUUCCGCCGGGGGAUCCGCCUGCUGGACGCCCAAUGUGUGGACAAUGUGCUACAAGUCGGUUUUCACCUAAGCGGUACGGUGACGGAGCCGGCGACGCCGUCUGAGCCAGAAGCCACCUACAAAGUAGCCAUCAGCUUCGACCGCUGCAAGAUCACCUCCGUGACCUGUGGCUGCGGCAACAGGGACAUUUUCUACUGCGCUCACGUGGUGGCGCUCUCGCUCUACCGGAUCCGCAAGCCAGACCAGGUCAAACUGCGUCUUCCCAUCUCAGAGACCCUCUUCCAAAUGAACCGGGACCAGCUGCAGAAGUUUGUCCAGUACCUGAUCACGGCGCACCACACGGAAGUUCUUCCCACCGCUCAGAAACUGGCCGACGAGAUCCUGUCCUCCAAUUCCGAAAUCAACCAAGUGCACGGGGCCCCUGAUCCCACCGCCGGGGCCAGCAUCAAUGAUGAGAACUGCUGGCACUUGGAUGAAGAGCAAGUCAGGGAACAGGUGAAGCUCUUCCUGUCUCAGGGUGGAUACUACAGCUCGGGAAAACAACUCAACUCCAUGUUUGCCAAGGUUCGAGAGAUGCUGCGGAUGAGAGAUUCCAACGGAGCGCGCAUGCUCACCCUGAUAACGGAGCAGUUCAUGGCUGACCCCCGGCUGGCGCUGUGGAGGCAACAGGGAAGCGGAAUGACUGAUAAGUGCCGGCAAUUGUGGGAUGAGCUGGGGGCGCUGUGGGUGUGUAUUGUGCUGAACCCUCACUGCAAACCGGAGGAGAAGGCUGCAUGGCUCCGGCAGUUGAGAAAGUGGAACGACAUGGACGUGUGCCCGCUGGAGGACGGCAAUUAUGGCAACGACCUCCCGAACAUCACCAACGCACUCCCGCAGAGUAACGGUCAUGCAUGUCAUAUCCGUGCGGUUCUGAACCCUCUGCUCUCAUUAUGUCACAGGAGCCCGGCUGACUCUUUGGUGCGUCCCAGAAGAACGGUGUUCACGCGGGCGAUCGAAGCGUGCGACUUACACUGGCAGGACAGCCACCUUCAGAGAAUAAUCAGCAGUGACUUCUACUUAUCACCGUCCUGCCAGAGGGAUGGAGAGAGCCUGAUCUUCAACUCCCAGGGGCAGCCGCUGUGGCUGGAACACGUCCCCACGGCCUGCGCCAGAGUGGACGCGCUACGCUCCCACGGUUACCCCAAAGAAGCUUUACGCCUGGCCGUCGCCAUCAUCAGCACCCUGAGGCUGCAGCAGCAGAGGCAGCUGGAGAUCUACAAGCAGCAGAAGAAAGAGCUGAUCCAGAGAAAUACGACCACAAUCACCAAUCUGGAGGGAUGGGUGGGACAUCCGUUGGACCCCAUUGGCUGUUUGUUCAGCACACUGACCGAGGCCUGCCGGAUGGACGAUGAAAAUGCCAUGGAGGGGCCGGAGCUCAGCGAGUCGCAGCGUCCAAAUUACCAACACGUGUGCGUUUCCAGCGGCCCCCUGGAGAACAGCGAGUCGUACCUGUCCCUAGCACUGGAAGUGGCCCUGAUGGGUAUGGGGCAGCAGCGGCUGAUGCCAGAAGGACUCUACGCCCAGGACAAGGUGUGCCGCAACGAGGAGCAGAUCAUCGCCCGGCUGCAGGAACUGGAGCUGGACGCGGUGCUGGUGCAGACGCUGCGCAAACAGUGCAUCCUCCUUCUGGAAGGGGGACCGUUCAGCGGGCUGGGAGAGAUCAUACACCGGGAGAGCGUUCCCAUGCACACCUUCGCCAAAUACCUCUUCACUGCUCUUCUCCCGCACGACUCUGACCUGGCCUACAAACUGUCUCUGCGGGCGAUGAGGCUUCCAGUGCUGGAGAGCAGCGCCCCCUCAGGAGACGUGUCCCACCCUCAUCACAUCGUAUCUGUGGUGCCAAGCCGCUACCCCCGAUGGUUCACCCUGGGGCACCUGGAGUCACAGCAGUGUGAGUUGGCAUCCACCAUGCUGACCGCAGCCAAAGGCGACAUGCUGCGACUGCGCACCGUGCUGGAAGCCAUUCAGCGCAACAUCCACUCCUCCUCCCUCAUCUUCAAACUGGCGCAGGACGCGUUCAAGAUCGCAACCCCGGCUGACAACAGCUCCGACACCACGCUGCUGAACGUGGCCCUGGAACUGGGGCUGCAGGUGAUGAGAAUGACGCUCAGCACGCUGAACUGGAGGCGGAGGGAGAUGGUGCGCUGGCUGGUCACUUGUGCUACUGAAGUCGGAGUCCGCGCUCUCGUCAGUAUCCUGCAGAGCUGGUACACGCUCUUCACCCCUACAGAAGCCACUAGCAUUGUCGCUGCCGCCGCCACGUCUCACAGCACCGUGCUGCGACUAAACCUAGACUACGCCCAGAGGGAGGAGCUGGCCAGCUGCGCUCGGACCUUGGCCCUGCAGUGCGCCAUGAAGGACCCUCAAAACUGCGCCCUGUCCGCGCUCACCCUGUGCGAGAAAGACCACACCGCUUUCGAGACGGCUUACCAGAUCGCCGUGGACGCCGCUUCCGGGGGCAUGACCUACUCCCAGCUCUUCACCAUCGCCCGCUACAUGGAGCACAGGGGCUACCCGCUUCGGGCGUUCAAACUUUGCUCCCUGGCGAUGAGCCACCUCAACCUGGCGUACAACCAGGACACGCACCCCGCCAUUAACGACGUCCUAUGGGCCUGCUCCCUCAGCCACUCUCUGGGAAAAAACGAACUGGCUGCAUUGGUGCCCCUAGUGGUGAAGAGUGUGCACUGCGCCACCGUACUGUCAGACAUCCUCAGACGAUGCACGCUCACCGCGCCGGGAUUGGCUGGGAUCCCGGGCAGGCGCAACUCCGGGAAACUCAUGUCAACGGACAAGCCGCCGCUGCGCCAGCUGCUGGACGCCGCAGUCGGCGCUUACAUCAACACCACCCACUCCCGCCUGACGCACAUUAGCCCCAGACACUACGGAGAGUUCAUCGAGUUCCUGAGUAAAGCCCGGGAGACCUUCCUUCUGGGGCAGGACGGGCUGCUGCAGUUCGCCCAAUUCAUAGACAACUUAAAACAGAUUUACAAAGGAAAGAAGAAGCUGAUGAUGCUGGUCAGGGAGCGGUUCGGCUGAGGCUGCCCCUCCCCCUCCCGCCACGGUUGUCUCUCUGAGCUUCUAACACACUAGGGCCCCUGAGGGCCCCAGACAGGACUUGUGUACGCAGGAGCUUUUUCAUUCCACCUGCCAAACAUUUCAUGUCUUUCUUUUGGGGGGGGUGGGGGGCACUUUGUCUGAAAUACAACCUCCUUCAUCUACACCGAGCCGGCCAAGGAAGGGGGAACGGGACUGCGGCCAUCUUGUCCCGUCCCAGGUUUGCUGGGUGUAAGUUCCUGUUUUCUCCAGCAGGGGUCGCAGUGCAUCGGCGGUCUUUGUGUAUAAAGAUUCUAGCCUUACCCAGGUGAUAAUUGCACCGAGUUCUAGGAUCUUUAACGCGGCCGCCUGCCCAGAAAUGGCCAUUUUCCUUUGGCGAGGCAACGCCUCAUUAUCAAAGAGCCUAAACAGCGGCUGUCCUUGAGGGCCGGAUAUGGGCCGGGGGUUUGCAUAGUGAAUUGAACAUGUCUUUAUGAAGCAGAAUGCCUGUGUGACUAGGCCCUGAUGGGAGCAGCUUGACCUAUUCACCGUGCUAGGAUGCAGCUGGUAAGUCAGAGAAAAUUAAUAACUGAUAUUGGUUCGCAAAAAAGAGACCAGAGAACAGCCGACGCGUUUUUCAGGGGUCUGCAGAGCUUCCCUCUUCAGGGCCUAAAGGUGAUUGUCUCGUCCCUGACUGGAGACUGAAAUAAGGUCGGCCUCUCUUGUAUCUCCAUCCCGGGUCCCACCGAGGACGGAGCAGAGAGAACCAAGGGACAGGAGGAACACGGGGGCCGGCUGGUGUUGAUGGGAGUGCUUACAGCAGGCGAUGUGGCCCCAGGCGAGCUGUCAGAACAUCAGGAACUGUGCACAGAGAUUAAAGUUAAAGGGGCACUCCGCCUGGGCUGCAGGGCCUGGAUGUGAGGCUUGUCAGAACUCCAGACAGCAGACUUGAGACAGGAACUCCCUGAGGUGAGCAGAGCUGGUACAGGUGACAGCCAGGUAGGCACUUGAGCAGCAUGUGGGAACAGAGCCAGGAAUAGCUGAGGUCAGCAGCAGGCGGGCAGUGUGGUGCAGAAUCAUAAGGCAGCGCCGGGGGCCAGGAAUGGAGCUGGGGGGCCAGGAGUGGAGCUGGGUGGCCAGGAAUGGAGCUGGGUGGCCAGGAAUGGAGCUGGGUGGCCAGGAAUG